AUGUCAGGAAUUCAGGUCAACGAAACAACUAACCUACCCAUCUCAACUACUGCCGAGGAGGGACUUCUCGUGUCACCAGUUAACAAUCCGGAGACCUCGAAUAGGCGGACACCAACGAUGAAUCCCGUGGAAAACGCAACUUCACACCCAAAAGCGCAAGAUGCGAAUCGAAGCACACCAGCUCCAACCGACGUCGCAACGUUAUUCGCAACAAUGAUGGCUCGAAUGGAAGAGCUGAAUCAUCAGACAAGCGCUCGCCUGAACGAGCUCGCCGCGGCACAACUUUCUUGCCAAGAUCAAGUCAACAUAUUGCAUUCAUCAGAGACCCAAGCCCCAGAGAGACGAGCCCAAGAAAUUCAGUGCGUACAGCGCGCCUUAUUCGGAGACUCACCCGCACCACCAACAACAGAAAAUCAUCCAACCUCGAACUGCGACGAGGUGAACAUCGGGGCUCCCGAACACGAAACACGUCGGCUUCAGAUAAGGAACUCGCAGCAAGACGAAGAAAUGCUCGAAAUGAGAGCCAAAUUGCGAGCCAUGACUUCGCUUGUCCAUCAAGCAACUAGCUCGGCACCUGAGAUCGACCGUGUGUUGAAAGAAAGCCAAAGCACACCGUUCACGACCCGAAUUACCGACUUCCCGAUCAGAACUCAAGUGAAGUUCAAUCUCCCGACGUAUACAGGCAACUCGGACCCAAGCCAAUUCAUGACCGCGUUCAGCAUUCAAAUGGGCCGAGCACGAUUCACCCCCGAGGAGAAAGAUGCAGGCUUCUGCCAACUAUUCGUUGAAAACCUCAGCGGUGCGGCCCUCGUUUGGUUCUCCAAGUUAAAAGUGAACUCGAUUGACAGCUACCAAGCAUUGUCGACCGCAUUCCUCAAGAGGUACAUGAUAUAUAUCCAAGGUGCAGUUUCCAGUGCCGACCUCUACCAGAUCAAACAAGGCGAAAAAAAAUCCCUUCGAUCUUUCAUCGGCAGGUUCAAUGCGAUCGUUUCUCGGAUCACCGUGACUGACGAGGCAUCGCUGCCAGCUCUUUGGAAUGCCCUGCGAAUCGAUUCGAAGUUUCGGGACAGCCUCAAGUUCAGCAAACCCCGAACUCUCGAAGACGCGCUUCACCGUGCCACCUUAUACAUCGAGGACGAAGAAGAAAAAGAGAUCGCGUCGCCAGCAAAAGCGACACCGAAGCAGCAACCUCACAAAGAAAUCCCCAAACAAGAUUAUCAGGAGCCUCGACAACAUCUCGACAAUAACUAUCGAGGUGACAAUCGCCGAGGAGCGACGUACAACAUCAGUACUCAACAACAACAAAACCGCCAGUAUCAAAACCAAUCGAACACCUGGCAACGAGGAGAUCGCGGGAAGACACGACCUUUCUGCGACUAUCACAACAAGUACGGUCACCCGACUGCGAUGUGUCGCGAACUACAUGCCUACUUGCUCGCCAAAUAUCGGAAGGGGGAGAUCGCAUUAGCGAACCAGCCCCAAAAUACCGCCUCGCGAAAUAACGAAGCUCGACCAGCGGCUUCCACCGAGCAACUUCCACCUCCCCCCCCCAACAAACGAACAAUCCAACGACGAUCUCGCAAAGAGAGAUCGAGGUAA